AUGCUUUCCGAUGAGCAGGGGAUUUCGCAGCACGAGGUGGUAAGUAUGGGCGAUGCUGAGCAGCGUGCCGUGGCCAAGGCAUUGUUUGACGCCGUAAAUAAACACUUAUCCAACCCAUUCAUUGAAGUGGAAAUGCGUUUAGGCCAGUUUAAGGUAGAGGAAGACGCUUUGCGUGAAAAUACCAGCGACCAGAACGGUGCACAAACUAAUGGGCUGCGGAUUGUUGAUGCAAAUUUUACAGCUUGUGUCUCCACGGAGGAUUACGAGCGUAUCAAGACUUAUUUAAUGACCGAGAUGGAAAAUAGUUCUAUGACACGAUCCGUAACGCACGACGUUUCAUUACGUGGAUGGCGCCAUACAUACGCCACAGAUGAGGAUGGUAACCCUACUCGUUGCGUAUCAAUUGUGCGGAAGAAACGUUUAUUUGUGAAAAACAUUGUGGUUCCAUUAGGCGCGUAUAAUCUUCGAUUCGCCGUGUCAACAGAAACUCCAGGGGAUUUGCGUUUCUCUGGCGCUGGCCCACGAGCUGGUCAUACACGUCUGAAGGAUCGGCUCAGCAUCACAGAUGGAAUGUUCCGCUAUGACAUGACGCAGGUGACGGAGAAGGGAGUAUUGAUGCAUGAGGUGGAGAUUGAGGGAGUUUUCUCAUCGCAUGAGAAACAGUUGACGGAGUCGUGGCUGGAGGAGCUCCUUAGAAGAGCCAUGAGACUCGCAACACUUCGAACGAAUAGCACAGACGGUGCAGCGCUAAAUUAG